AAGAAACGACAGCGAUUUCCACCAGCAUGCUCUGUUUGCCGCCACAAGAAGAUUAAAUGUAACAAGCAACAACCAUGUGAAAGCUGCACAGAGAAUGGCACAGAGAAUCUCUGCCACUACGACGAACUUCCAUGGGUAUCGUCUGUAAUUAAGGAG